CUGUGGAGGACAUGAACAAAACCUCAUUGGAGCCCGCGCCGCAGACGCGCCCGGUGUAAAUAAGGGGUUAGUGUAUUAUGUGGCGUCAGACAUCAGACAAGACGUGCAGGGUGGAAGGGAGUGCAUGGUCGUUUAAAACACAGAACGGAUUGCAUUUUCUUUCCUUUGCCUAACAUUGUUGCAGAUGCCUGCGAGGAGGUAUCCGUUCGGAUGUCCCAUGUUUAUCAUCACAAUUUCUCCUACCACAGCUGACAUGAGAAGUUUGUGCCUUUGGCUAUCCCUCACCUAUUUGGCUACCACAAGCCUUAACGGGUCACGGGCGCACGAGCUCAACAACUCCUCACUUAUCAGGGGUAUUUCAUCGGAGACCGAACUGCUAAACAUAUCAGGUCAGAAGGUGCUUAACCGUUCCAGUUUUUUUACGAUAGACUUAGAUGAGGGGACCCUCGCAGACUGGCGCUCAAUGGCUGGAAAGAAGCGCUACGGAGGAGAGUCGCAGAACGGGAAAGUGAAAGCUUUGCUGGUUUUCGCUUACUCUUUUAUAAUUGUCAUUUCACUUUUUGGGAAUACUCUUGUAUGCCAUGUGGUGUUCAAGAACAAACGCAUGCACUCCGCUACUAGCCUAUUCAUUGUUAACUUGGCGGUGGCAGACAUUCUCAUCACGCUUCUCAACACACCGUUUACCCUGGUUCGGUUCGUUAACAGCAGUUGGGUGUUUGGAAAAGGCAUGUGCCACAUCAGCCGCUUCGUGCAAUAUUGCUCUCUGCACGUGUCCACGCUGACUCUCACCGCUAUUGCGCUCGACAGGAGGCAGGUGAUCCUGCACCCUCUCAGGCCCCGCAUGUCUCCAGCUCGUGGGGGCGUUUGUGUGGCUCUCAUCUGGAUUAUGGCCAUCUGCUUCUCCAUGCCUCACGCCAUCUACCAGAAACUCCUGACCUUUGUGUAUAGCAAGGAGAAGGAACGGAGCCUGUGCGUCCCAGACUUCCCAGAGCCCUCAGAUGUCUACUGGCAGUGUAUCGACCUGCUUACCUUCAUCCUCCUCUACGUCCUCCCUCUUCUAAUCAUCACUGCUGCCUACUCCACCGUGGCCCGCCGCCUGUGGCGCCGCAAUGCCAUUGGGGACACUACCACAUCCCAGUAUGCCGCCCAGAGACGAAAACGCCGCCGCACACUGGCCAUGCUGCUGGUGGUGGUGAGCGUGUUUGCCAUCUGCUGGUUCCCCCUCAACUGUUACGUUGUGCUCCUGUCCAGCCAGGCCAUUCGCUCAUCCAAUGCCUUGUACUUUUGCUUUCAUUGGUUGGCUAUGAGCUCCACGUGUUACAAUCCAUUCAUUUACUGCUGCCUGAACCCAGCCUUCCGCAAGGAACUGAGGCUGUUACUGGGCAUGUGCAGGUGGAGAUUGAGGGCCAGAGAGGUGGGGGUGGGACCAGAGCAGGGGGCUCUGCCCUCCAGCACGCCAUGUCAUAGGGCCGCGUGGCCGGAGAGCCAUGCAUCUUUACAACCCAACCAAGCCUCAUCCCAGAGAAGCCAUACAUCCCAACGGAACCACAUCUCUGCCCGACAGAGCCAUGCGUCCGCUGAUAAACCAAAUGCCCUCAAAGAUAGGUACCUCCUUUUCUGCACGAGCCAUGUGCAAACAGGUAAAACAGACAUUCAUUCAGUGGAACCAAUAGUGGCUGUCAGCUAGUGGCACAACGAAUCACAAAAGUCAUGGUUCGGAAACAUACCAUAUAGUUCUGAGUCACGGAUGGGAUAAUAUUUCGGAUUAGCAAGA